CUGCUUUUAUAUUUCAGCGAUCACUUGUCUGCAGAAGAAAAUAAACUAAUCUUCGGAAAGUGCAACAAUUCAAAUGGACAUGGUCAUAACUAUGAAGUACAGGCAACUGUGAAGGCACCUGUAGAUCCGUUGACCGGAAUGGCUAUGAAUCUGUCUGAAUUGAAGACUCACUUAUGUUCCCUACUUCAAGACUGUCACCAGGUAUGCAAUCGUGAAAAACUUUACUUUGUGACCGGAUUAUUUUGCAGUACAACAGAAAAUGUAGCAGUUUACAUAUGGUCUCAACUCAGUGACGUUCUUGGAAAGAAGAACGCCCUAUUCGAGGUUGUAGUCCAUGAAACGGACAAAAAUUCUGUCACCUAUCGCGGAGAAGUGAUGUUAGAAUGA